AUGCUGUCGUCCGCCGUCUUCUCCUCCUCCUCCUCGGCGCUGCUGCGCGGAGCCCCGCCGCGGACCCGGAGGUUGCUCCUGGGCGCCCCCGCGCGCGCGCACAGCGGCGCGGCGAGCCGCGCUCGCGGUGGGUUUCCGAGGUUCCACGCCCCGUCUCUCCCUUCGUCGAAGGGUGAGGUGAUUCGCAUCCAAGGAGACGAGUUCUGGCACAUGACACGGGUUUUGCGCCUUGGCAUUAACGACAGGGUUGAACUAUUUGAUGGGGCAGGUGGUUUAGUUGAAGGAUUCAUACAUAAAGUUGACAAAAGUGGCUCAGAUGUUGAGUUAUUAGAGGAUGCUAGGAUCAUAGCUCCUCAAGGCAUCCAAUGGCAUGUCUUUGCUGCAUUUGGGACACUGAAAGGCGGACGUGCUGAUUGGCUUAUAGAGAAAUGUACUGAACUAGGAGCUUCUAGUGUUACUCCUCUCCUGACAGAAAGAUGUCACACAAUUGCGGAAAAUCGGGUGGACAGGCUGCAACGUCUUGUGCUGGCUGCAGUUAAACAAUGCCAGAGGAUACAUGAAAUGUCGCUGAAGCCCCCAAUUCAGAUAAGUCACCUUCUACCUGUUGUAUCACAGUCAAAGCUUGCUUUCCUAGCAUCAGCAGAAGCGCCUCCUCUUUUAAGUGUUCUGCCAAAAUCCAGCACUGAACAAAGUGGGCUUCUGAUUAUUGGACCUGAAGGAGGCUACGAGUUGAGACAGCCACAAUAUCCCUCCUAUCUGCUCUCAUGCUAUGGUCAGAUGCUAAACACCAGUAAAGACAGCAAUGCAGUGCAAUCCAACGCGUCGCACCAUCGCUUCUUGGGGCGGAAGCAGCCCCAAUCCAACGCGCCGCACCAUGGCUCCUUGUCGCGACGACCGCACGCCGCCUCCUGA